AUGCCCCUUCAAUGCACGACGGCUCCCAAGAUCAACACUAAAGGCGAGCGCCCGCGAGCUGACAGCAAACUGCGCAGUGCAUCAAUCGUUGUAUCCUCGGGCUCAGACCGGAUAGUACACGUCUAUCCAGAACGUACAUCGUCCGGUGGCAGCGCAUCGGCACGCUCACCAGCAUCCAGUGGCGGCAGCCGCUCCUUCUCCAGCGAAGAGAGCUGGAGUGAAGUCGAGUACGAAGACGACAUCGACCCGUCCGACAGCGCAUCGCGAUCACGCCAACCAGCUAGUCGCCGACACACAGUGGAGGCACGCCCUGCUCCACAACGCCGACACUCUUCGCGACGAGUCGUAGAACGAGAGGAGGCGCCUGCACGCAGACAGUCUUCACGAAGACAUCACACCAGUCGGCACGAGAGCCAUUCGCAUUCACGACACGGACGCAGCACAUCCAGGCGCGUCCCUUCAGACGAGUCGUCGAGCACCGUGGCUUCCGCCGAUGACUACCCACCGUAUGGCCACCAUGGCAUGCCGCGAGGCUCAUACGCUGCUCCAAUGCCUCCGGGCUACGGACGCGCGCCUCCCAGCCAUGGUGGCUAUCCACCAAGCAUGACUUCCGCAGGAUAUCCUGAUCCAUACGCACCACCGCACCAAGCACUCGUACACCGACAGCGACCAGAUCCUUUCGGCUACCCUCAGCCCAACCCUUUCGCACCGCAGAGCCACGAAGCGAAUCCGUUCUCGCCAAUGAGCUCUCAUGAGAGUUCCGGCUACUUCGCGACCGAUCCAAUGUCACCUCCCGAACCUCCACAGCAGAGACAUCCACAGCCUCACGGACCACCACGACCACAGAGCUUCGCAGCGCCAUCGGCAUUUCAUGGUUCGGAGCUCAUGGCGCCAUACCAUCAGCCAAUGCCGCCUUAUGGUGGGUAUGCGCCUCCAGGUUACCCCGGCUAUCCUCCAAUGCAUGGUUGGCCGGCACCAGUGUCACGAGGCAGCUCUCCGGCCAUACGAGACGAAAAGAUGGCUGCUGAAAUGGCAGCGCUGCAGGAGCUGAUUGCGAAACGCAAUGACGAUGACGGCAAGAAGAAGGUGGAAAAGGACAAGGAGAUUGAGGCGCUCAAAGACUUGAUUGAGAAGCGAAACGACUCGGAAGGAAAGAAGAAAGAGGAAAGCAGCAAAGAGAUUGAUAGCCUCAAGGCGCUCAUCAAGAAGCACGAAGAAGAGUCGAUUGCACGACAAAAGGCUUGGGCAGCAGAGCGCGAAGCUGAAGUAGCAGCGCGAGCUGCCGAGAAGGCCAGAGCUGAGGAAGAGAAGCGACGUAAGCAGGAGAUUGAUGACGCCCGCAAGAAGGCGAAGGAGGAUGCCGAGAAGAAAGCAGAAGAGGCUGCGAAGAAGGCUAAGGAUGAGCACGAGGCAGCCGCAAAGAAGGCAAAGGAAGAGCACGAGAUGAAGCUGGCCGAGGCCGAGAAGGCCAAAGAAGAGGCGGAUAAGGCGAAGAAGGCGCUUGAAGACGAGAUUGCGAAGAACAAGCCUACGCCGGACUCCCUCAAGCCGCCGAUCAAGUUCAAGGAUGCCGUUGGCAGGAAGUUCAGCUUCCCAUGGCACCUGUGCAAGAGCUGGAAAGGCAUGGAGGGUCUCAUCAAGCAAGCCUUCUUGCACGUCGAUGUCAUUGGCGAUCACGUUCACCAAGGACACUACGACCUCACCGGCCCAGAUGGCGAGAUCAUUCUCCCUCAAGUCUGGGACACCAUGGUACAGCCAGAUUGGGAAAUCACCAUGCACCUCUGGCCCAUGGAGGAAGAGAAGAAGAAGGAAAAGGCACCACACUCAGACGACCUCAUGGACCCGUUCGUCAACCUCGGCAUGGGCGGCAUGCCGGGUCUUGGUCCUGACUUUGGCAUGAUUCCACACCAUGACCUGGGCAAGAAACCAUCCAAAGGCGGCAAGAAGGGUGAAUCCAGCAAGAAGGGCAAGAAAGCUGGUAGCCCCGACAUCAUGAUGGUUGGACCGGACUUCCCACCACCUCCCCCAGGUCAUCACGGCAUGCCGCCGCCACCGGGACAUUUUGGUGAUCCCUUUGCCAAUCUUGGCAUGGACCCUAUGAUGGGCGGUGGAAUGCCGAAGAAGUCUGACAAGACCAAGGCGAGGAGCAAGUCGAAGAGUAGCAAGGAGAUUUCACCGCUUGCUGCUUGGUUUGCUGGUGGGAGUUUGAAUGCUAAGGCUCCGAGGAAGAAGUGA